ACGCUACUUAUCAAAUUGAAAACUAUUGAUCGUUUCUUUAAAAUUAAAACAUUAUACAGUAUUAUACAUUAGAGAAGACUUAUAGAUAGAUAUGGUAGAAAACCUUGCAGCAAAAUUAUGUUUACUUCUGUCAGAAAAAGCACAUUCAGCCGAACAAUGGAAAUUACUGGGUCAAGAGAAGGAUGGUUCCUUAUUAGUUGGAUGGACAGAGGAAACUGUAAAGGACAAUGUAAACAUAUCAUAUACAGUUGUAGGCCACUACGACCGGAUUAAUGAUAAGCUACAGGUAUUGCACCAAUUCACAGAGGUAUUAAAUAUUGUACAAGCAACAAUAAAUCAAAGUCGUACUGUUUUUGGAUAUAUAAUAAAACAAAAAGUUUCUGUAGAGACAAGGGUAAAUUCAGAGUCUAUAGAAGACAAAGAUCAGAGUAUACCAACUGAAGUUGAAAUGUAUGAAGCAUUUAUUGUUGAAUUAAAAGGACAAGAAGUAAAUAUACACAGUUUGGAUACAAAGAAAUCUAAACAAGUGAGAAUUCAAUUUUUAUAUAAAGAAAAAGAACAUGGACAAUGGGAUAAAUUUUUGUUAUUAAUUCAUCAAGAAUGUAUUAUAAUAUACACUGUAAUCUUUGAUACGUCUGUAUCAGAUGUUUAUUCAAUACAAGAAUUAAAAUCUGAACCAUUAGUUAAAGCAUUUAUUUGGGCUCAAUGGGACAUGGUAAAUCAGGUUUUAUAUCAUAUACACCAUAAAAAAAUUCCAAUAAGUUUAGUUUCUGAAGAUGAAGAGGAAAAAGAAAAUAAAACAGAAAGAACUAAUCCAACACUUAGUGGUCUUCAAUUUCAUGAUGAAUUGCCGCAUGAAACAGUGCUAAAUAUACCACUAAAUUUACCUCAAUUAUCAACUUCUUCCAACUGUGGGACAUAUGAGGAUGAUGUUAUACCUUUAAGGGUUCACGAUUGUUCUUUAGAUCUUAUUGUAGUUUCUGACCCUAAGGGAAUGGUCUGUGUUUGCCAUCAUUACUUAUAUCGCCCAGUAAAACCACAGCAGCAUGUACUUAAUUCAUUGAAUGAAUCUAAUACAGUGCACUUUGCAUAUUCUGUAACACUUCUUCAUCGCAGCUGUGUGAUUCAUUGUGUUAUACCAGGCAUACCAUGGUCUCAUGCUAAACUUAUACGACCGACAUUUGCAAUAUAUGAACAUCAUCACAUGAUUGUUCUUGUACCAGGUCUAUUUACUCAUGUUCUCGAAAUUGGAACAAAUCAUGAACCAUGUUGCCACAUAUUAUGUGGUCCUUUAAUUUCCCUUCCAUCUCGUUCUUCUUAUUUGGUACCAUUGCUUGAGUUAGAAACUAAUACCAAAGGAAGCAAAAAAAAAUAUGAUACAGCUUCCCUAGAAGGAAGCAGUACAUCUCAAUUUAACAUGAACAUAUUAACAAUAGACUUACCAACACUGGAUUUAGUACAAUUAACAAUCUCAUCUGACUUUCUUACUGAAGUAUUUCGUAAAGAAAAUUCGAUAGAAGUACGCUUGGGUAUAUUGCACUAUUUUCUUUGUCAUAGAAAUGAUCUGGAUAUUAUUUCAGAAUUAGUAUGUGCGAUUGCAGAGAAACCUAGAUCAUUGGAAAUUGUACGGUACAUGCAAGAAAUUCUCAUUGGUGGUUCAUAUGCUUUAGUACAAAAAAAUUUAUUAGCAGAUGCUAUACCUUUAUUGGCUUUGUUGCCUGUUACGACUAUGGAAGAGUACAUAAGUUUUGAAAUUAAAGUGAACGACUUAAGUAUAACAUUGAGUCAUGAAAAACUAUGGAAUACAUCUGUAAUGUUACUAUCACCGCAACAAAGGUUGAUUCCUUACCGCAGUGACUUGUGGACUCGAUUGUGGGAUCAACUUAGUAAAAAUAACGGAGAUAAAACAAGAUUUAAGCCGAGUAAAAUUGCAGAAAAAUUAUUAGUUUCUUUAGCAUGUUAUCAACCUGAAGCAUUAUCCAGAUCCAGUACACCAAUGUCUCCAAGUGGAGGAUUAGUUGUGGCUACAGUGUCGCUUGGAGAUUUAUCAAGUGGUCGUAGUAAUAAACUCAUGGACUCAGGUUUGCUAUUUAAUGAAACAGAAAGUUGUACUGCUUCUAAGCAGGAACAUAUUGUAUCUGUAAAUUUACGAGAAUUAUCCAUGUAUUUAUUAAAACAUGGUACCCAGACAUCAUUAACGCAUCCUAAGGGAUCGUGUACUCCAUUACACGUUCACGCAAUGGCAACUAGACAUGUGGCUGCGCAAUUAGAAACAUCGCGGGCUCUUUGUCAAAUGUUAUGUCGAGCGGCUAGCGUCGAUCCACGAAUUGAACAAGAGCGCGGUUUUAUUCUUGUCGAUCAAUUAGACGAAAUAAGACGAUGGUUAUUGUUCGUAUUAUUGGAGCGCUAUAGGCGCGCAAUAGAAAGUAUAGCAUUUCCAGCACCACAAGGAUUCACAUCGUUUUUUACUUAUCUUGGAUAUAGAACCUUAAAAUAUUCAAUGUUUUUACAAUAUGUACAACGAUCAGUAUUCGAAUUACAAGUCGAUGUCAGCAAAAUUAUUAUGGCUGAUAUUAGUGAUACAAAAGAAAAUGCCAUUCGUAAAUUAACUUUAUUGUCUUUAUUACCAAGAUCACGAGCGAAAAGACUUUUAAAUCAAUGGUUACAUCCUGUUAGCUUUAUGUUCAGAGCUCGUGAACACGCUGCAAAUAUUUUAUCUGGUGAGAUAUGCCAAAACCGAGGUAGAACAUUGCAAUACAGAAAUCAUCAUAAUGGUUUAGCAGCAUUUCCUUCAGCAGAUCGUUUAUCUCCAUUGGACACAUUUCUUGAUCUUCUUACAGCAAAAGCUAGUCUAGCUGAGUUAGAUUUUGGCCUGCUUAUAGAAGCUACAGUAACAUCUACAGAAGAUUUUUUAUAGGUAAAUGUAUUCUAAUUUCCUAGAAUCAGUUAUAAUAGAAAGUGUAGUGCAAAUAGUCAUCCGAUCGUGCAAAGUGCCAUUAAUAUCUUCCAAAAUAUUUAGUAUUUAUGAACAUGUAAUUUUAACCUUAUUUUAUAAAUUCUCGUGCAUUUCUUAUCGAAAAUUCUAUACAGGGUAGAGAUUUUAAAUAGAAUAGUCAGAUAAUACACUUUAAAUACUUAGAUAAUUUAACUAAUGCUCAUGUUUCUAUUUGCAUUAUGUUAUAGUUGGAUAAAUCAACAAUUAAUUCUUAUGACUAUUUUAAAAAUAUUUUAUAUUUUAAAAUUAAUGUUUAUUCCACUCAAGUUUAUAAACUGGUUACUUUAUGAUGUUACAAUUGCAUAAGUGCUGCAAAAACUAUAUCUUUGUUUUCUGUAUACAUCAUUACCCGGUUUUCUUCCGCAAAACUUUGUCAGCAUAUUCUACAAUCAAAAUUAAGAAAAAGAAUGGUGUAUGAAUAUAGGCUCUUAAAUGCUUUAUUAAAAAGUUAUGACAAAAAUAUGAAAUGAUAACAGACUAAUAUUUCUAUGACACAGCAUAAGGACACAUUGCUGAUAUCUGUCUGAUAUUACACAAAUGUUUACACAUAUUGUAAUAUUUACUUGCUAAGAUCAGUGAGUUGGUUAACCAGUAUGGCAAAGGUUAAAUGACCAUUACCUUCAAUGAUGGAUAAGCCAAGGGGAAAUAAUUCCUUAGCCCCCAAGAUCAUUAGGUAUCACAUCUUAGAUCUUUGCUUGUGAGAAAUUGUGAAAGAAGAAAUUUAUUAUUAACGUUUAUUAUAAAGUUUAUUAUAAACACAAAUUAGUAUGUGUUAGGAGUUAAUGCAAAGAAUUUAUGACGUAUUUGCUGUAAUUAAACAAAAUGAUCAAGAAAUUGUACUAUAGUAAACAAUUGUAAUAAUAGACAACAUAUUUAAAAUGGAAUUAUAAUGUGAACUUGAAAAUGAAAGCACUCUGUUGUCAUCAUUAUGUUUGCAUAACAGUUUUUUCUUAUUCUUGCCUAUAGACUAUGCAGAUAAAGUUUUGCAGAAAAAAUCUGAACACCCUGUAUAUUACUAGUUGAAUUUUUGUUACUAAGUUACUAUAAUUUUAUAUUAAUGUGAUUAAUCAGUUAAUCAAAAGCUUGUGUGUGAUUUUCUUUUGUAGUUAUUGUUACAUUAGUUUAUCAGUAUGUGUCACAGUGUGAUAUACGUAUACAAAAUGUUCUUGAAGUCAUGGUACAAUCAGGAAGGAGAUGAUUCUUUACGUAAAAGUAAGUUGAAAGUAUAGAUUUCUAGGUCCCGUAUCUUACAUCCCACUUCCUAUAUAAUGUAUCCCGCAAUAAAUAACACUGCUUUUCAUACCUAAUACCUCAUAACCUACAUACUAUUACAUUUCUAUCCCACUUUCCACAUUAUUUAAGUAUGUAAUCUAUAUACUAUGAUAUAUCCAACAUCUAUCCAGUAUUCCAAGCACAGCUUAUCCCUACCCCUAAUUCACUUAAUUCACAUCCCAAGUCACAUCACCUGGGUCAUCUUCUUUCUGAUCGUAUCAUGAUUUUGAAAAUACCCUAUUUGCAUCAUUCAACAAUUUUUGAAUUGUGUAGUGUGAGUUAAGUUACAAAAAGGAUCAUUUAUGAGAAAAUUGUAAUCUGUGUAAAUCUUUUGUGCGUAUUGUGAAAAGUAUUACAAAACUACAUAUCAGAAGAUAUGUACAAACAUACAACAGUAUUAAUAAUUUUUAUGUAAAAGUGAAUAUGAAUAUUUAAAAAAUGA